ACAAGACUCAACUUCCGGUCGGCUUCCAUAUGCUAUGACAGUAGUAAUGUCACGUCGCCUCGCUGUUGUUUCGUAAAUAAGUCACUAAUGAAUUUGACAAAAUAUGUCGUCCAACUUGACAUUAGACCUCGAAGACCAUCGACGUUGUUUCACGAUGGGCAGCGAAGGAACUGGCUUUUCUAUGGACCACGGAGGCGAGUGGGACCUCAGUCUUUUUGAUGAGCUGGACUCCCUGGGAGAUGCAGACGAAUUGCUAAAGGCUCUCGACAACGUGGACUAUACCAACGGGGUUCCACAAUUUGACUUUGAUAUUGCCAUACCUCCAUGGACUGAAGGGUACACAAGCAGCACCUGCACAGAUGGUGAUGUGAGCGUGCACUCUCUGUCACCUGCUCACACUGUCAGCUCGCUCCCUUCCCCCUCAGCUGUGGAAGCCCGAUCACCAUACGUCUUACACGAUGAGGCUCUGUCUCCACAAUCGCAGCUCUCGCCGGUGUCGGUGUGCUCCGAGUCCAGUGGCUUUUCUGAAAUCCCUCCCCAGGCCAAGAAAGCCCCAAAGAGAAACAGCCAGACCACAAGAGCCAAAGCAGCACAGCCAGUCAAGAGGCCCUUACAGAAUACCUCCAAAGUGUCCAUCCAGCCUAAACCGGUCAUAGCAGCUGUGUCAUUGGCUCAUGCAGCUGCUACCCUGCAGCCUAAGACCAUCAUCAUCCAGCCCCUCCAGACCACAGUACUGCCUGUGGUCAAGGCAGCUCCAAUCAGCAUCCAGCCAGCGCCCUCCCCAGGUCAGCCCAUCAUGUUGUCUCAACCGAGCCAGUUGCUACAGAUCAAAACCCCCCAGGCUAUCACUGCCGGCGUGGUUGCCAUGCCGACCCUGGGCCAGGACAGUUCCAUCACUGCUCCAUCCAUGGUCUCCGUCACGCUUCAAAGCCCUUCUCCGGAUGACGACUCAAAGUUGUCCCAGCGGCAGCAGCGCAUGAUAAAGAACCGCGAGUCAGCGUCCCUAUCUCGGAAAAAGAAGAAAGAGUAUCUGCUCACGCUGGAGGCCCGCUUGCAACUGGCGCUGUCUGAGAACGCGGUGCUCAAAAGCGAGAACGGCAACCUCAAGAAGCAACUGGAAGGCCUGCUGAGUGAGAAUUCAGUGCUGAAGUCAACGGCUCCGAAGAGGCGAGCCGUGUGUCUCAUGGUGGUCUUGGUCUUCCUCGUGCUUAGCGUUGGACCAAUAAGUCAGCUUCAAGGCAACACAGACUCUGGGCUGGAGGUUGUGGCCGUGCAGCACAGCCGACACUUGUUGGGUUUCUCCCCAGAAACGGACACGGAGGCCCCCGGGAAUGGCGCCGCCGAGGUGGCCGACAGCUCUGAGGACAAGGCCCUGAUGGUGGUGAAGGAGCUGAACUUCCUCCGGCCACCGGCGCCAUGCCAGCCUCCUGUUAAUCGGACCAAGUGUUUAGAGUUGGCCCAUGAUUUGAAGGGGUGGGUCCACCGUCAUGAGGUAGAGCUGACCAAAUCCAGGCGCAUGAGUAACAACCACCUCAAGCACUCCAGGACCAUUCUGAAAACCGAAAAUAAGGAUGCAGAGAGCUCCCAGAUUGUGACCGUUAGAUACACAAAAACAGACGAAGACAAGACCCCUGGCCGUGAGCUACAAGUGUACUACGCACCCCAUCACACGUACAACGACUUCUUUGGCGAGAUCAACAGGCGUGGUGACACUUUUUACGUAGUGUCUUUCCGCAGGGAUCAUCUGCUACUUCCUGCCACCAACCACAAUAAAGGAAGUCGCCCCAAGAUGUCUGUGGUGUUGCCAGCCAUGAACAUAAACGGCUUCUCCCUCUCAGCUACAUUAAGCCGAGCUGCGACGUGGCUGCGCGGCCACCGUCCAAACCAAAUACAAGCACGCAGGCCCAAAGAUAAAGAAAUGCUUUGUCAGUAUUGUGAUUUCCUUUUGGCUUGGGUGCUUCAUAACUUGCACUUCAAAUCAUUUAGACAAGUGCCAGGCCUGACAUGUUGAUAGAAUAAAAAUUAAAUCUAAAAAGCAUGGGGUGUUCAAAAACUAGAAAAAGCACAACUUUUGUGAGACAGUUUGCUUUUAACCCCAAUCUUCCCUAAACAGUUCUCAAUACUUGGCCAUGACACUGCCAAACCCACGGAGUUCUGUGCCAGUCUUUCCACUUUUUAACAGCCCAGUACUUUGAAAAUGAGAAUAUUCUUCCAAUGCCCCAUUUUUACGGCAAGGUACAUUAACUGCAUGACUGUAAAUCACAUUUGAGCGCCUUCCAUAAGUUGUGGUUAAAAUUAUUUGUACCUUGUUAGCAUCCAUGUAAUACAGAUAUCCUGAAGGUUUUAUAUUCAUUGGACAAAUAGUCAGUGACUUACGGAUAGGGAUGGGUACCGAAUCCGGUACUUUUUUGGCAUUGACCAACUCCCACCGAUUCACGCGAAAUCUAACGGUGCCAUGUUUUGGUACCUGGAUUAUGUGUGAGGUUACGCCCGACUCAGCUGCCAACUGCGAUCACUCCAGCAGCAUUGACAGUGGACUCAGCCAAACUACCUCUCGGUCGUGUUGCAAUAUUCAAUGCCAACAAAGAAAUUGACUCAAAAAACACCCCAACGUAAAUUAAGUCAAGCUCCAGUUUUCCACAGAUGCGCUAGUACAUUGGCUUUGUUAUUGACAUGCGAUUUUUAUUUUUUAAUAUCAACACUUUCAAAUGUGUUAAUGAAAACUACAACUAAGAUGCACUUUACAAUCAAUCAGCUGGUGUUUAUUUAGUACAAUACUUACAGUAAUAACCCUUUGGGAGGGCGCAACAGACAGCAACGACUGAAAUGACACACCACAAACUAUACACUACUCCCAUUGCUAUUACUUUAUUCAU